CCCAGGCAGCCCUGGCAGCUGCCCAGGACGCACCGAAAGCGUUUGGUGUUGCAGCACUCUGAGGGUGGGGGGUGAGAGGGUGAGGGUGGGCAGGGGACUGAGCCAUGUCUGUGGACUCGCAAUGCCUCAACAGGUCAGCCAGCACGGGGACUUCCUACAGCAACACGAAGGAUGAUUUUCAGUUUGGGCUCCUGCGGUCCGCUCCUGGCACCAGACUCCCGGCUCGUGGGGCUCCAAGCCAGGCAGCAACGCAGCACAGCAGCCAACCGCCGAGUCCAGCUUCCUGUUUUUAUACAGCUCGCAGCCUGAACGACAUUCGUGAGUGUGUGAGGAAGCUCCGAGGCCAAAUGGUGGGCUUUGAAAAGCAGCCUCAGUUCCGCCUGCGGGUCGGGGGCCUGGAGGGCACCUUCUACGAAGGGCAGGAGGAGCUGAAGGAGUACUGUGAGGCGCUCUACCUGCCGCAGCCCACCAAGAUGGAGGUGGUGGGCACGGUGGAUGACGUGCCCUGUCUGGCCAUGGGGCAGCAGCUCAUCAUCCUCGUUGCUGAGAGCGGGGAGGUGUACGCUUACGAGGAGGACACGCUACACAAAGUUGCCAAGAAUAUGCAAGAAUUCACAAAGAUCGGGCUGCAGCGCCUGGGGAAAGAAGUCUACCACUGCGGAGAGCACAUAGAUUCACUGGAUGAGGCGGAGCGAGACAAAGACCCGAUAAUCCAGGAGCUGAGGCAGAGCGCUCAGCGGUUCCUUGAGGGAGGGAAGGAGGACUUCCAACGUCUCCUGGGCUUGCAGUAGAACAAACCUGUUGUUGCUUGUUGAAUCUGCGUGCGUGACAAGGAGUAGAACUAUUCCGCAUUCCCAAGUGUUUAAUCUGCCUUUCCUGUAAACAACUUCAGGGGCGGUGAUUCCUGCCCGUCCCUGGGCAGCCUGUGCCAACAGGUCAUAGUUGUUUCUGUGGAAUUCUUCCUCAUAUCCAGCCUGGAAUCGCUUCAGACCAUUAGUUCUCAUCCUAUUCUCAUCCUAUUCCUCUUACCUGGAAGCAGAACACAACUCUCACCUCACCACAAACUCCUUUCACAGAGUUGAAGAGACUGGUAAAAUCUCUCCUGAGCCUUUGCCAGAUUAAAUCUCAAUGGAUUUGCCCUUAAAAUUGCACUUUUAAAGGUUAAUCAUUGUGUAAGCCUGUGUCCUGAAGUGAGAUUCUUCUUGCACAAACACAAACUUGCUUUAAUCAAACAUUAAAGAUUUUAAAUAUA